AAGUGAGGGCGGGGUGUAGUUCCCUUUCGCUGAUGCAAGAGCCUAGUGCGGUGGACGGAGAAGUGUCGUCUGGAGCACCGCUGCCCACGGGGCGUGGAGCUGAUCCGUCCGACUUGCCGUCCGUGGCGAACCCACUCGAGUUGCAGCCAUGUCCGGGGACGAGCAGAUGAUUUUUGACCCCACUAUGAGUAAGAAGAAAAAGAAGAAGAAGAAGCCUUUUAUGUUAGAUGAGGAAGGGGAUGCCCAGACAGAAGAAACUCAGCCCUCAGAAACAAAGGAAGUGGAGCCAGAGCCAACUGAAGACAAAGAUGUAGAAGCUGAUGAAGAGGACAGUAGGAAAAAAGAUGCCUCUGAUGAUCUAGAUGAUUUGAACUUCUUUAAUCAGAAGAAAAAGAAGAAAAAAACAAAAAAGAUAUUUGAUAUUGAUGAAGCUGAGGAAGGUGUAAAGGAGCUCAAAAUUGAAAGUGAUAUUCAAGAACCAGCUGAACCAGAGGAUGAUCUUGACAUUAUGCUCGGCAAUAAGAAGAAGAAAAGGAAGAAUGUCAAAUUCCCAGAUGAGGAUGAAAUAUUAGAGAAAGAUGAAGCUUUAGAAGAUGAGGACAGCAAAAAAGAUGAUGGUAUCUCAUUCAGUAACCAGACAGGCCCUGCUUGGGCAGGCUCAGAAAGAGACUACACAUAUGAGGAGCUACUGAAUCGAGUGUUCAACAUCAUGAGGGAGAAGAAUCCAGACAUGGUUGCUGGAGAAAAAAGGAAAUUUGUGAUGAAACCUCCACAGGUUGUCCGAGUAGGAACCAAGAAAACUUCUUUUGUCAACUUCACAGAUAUCUGUAAACUAUUACAUCGUCAGCCCAAACAUCUCCUUGCAUUUUUAUUGGCUGAGUUGGGCACAAGUGGUUCUAUAGAUGGUAAUAACCAACUUGUAAUCAAAGGAAGAUUCCAACAGAAACAGAUAGAAAAUGUUUUGAGAAGAUAUAUAAAGGAAUAUGUCACCUGUCACACGUGCCGAUCACCAGACACAAUCCUGCAAAAGGACACCCGACUCUAUUUCUUACAGUGCGAAACCUGUCAUUCUCGAUGCUCUGUUGCCAGCAUCAAAACUGGCUUCCAGGCUGUCACAGGCAAGCGAGCGCAGCUCCGUGCCAAAGCUAACUAAUUUGCUAAUCACCACUGAUUUUUUUCCAAGUGUUGUGGAGAUUUGGCUGGACAGGUUUAUCAUCAGAGUGGAUAUCCCAUUAUAUUAAAAAACAAGAUAGCAGAGUUGCCAAGUUCUGGCAUGUGGCCGGUUGGUCUGAAACCUUUGCAAGAUGCCGAUGCUCAAGCUGUUGUCAUACUCAUUGCCUACUUUAACAACUGUCAAAGAAACAUAAAUGGGGUAAGGAGGUGCUUUUUUAAAAUCGUUCGUAGACUUCUGGAAAAUGCAAGAUAAAUUAAAGUUAUUAUAACAAUGA